AUGUCCAGCCCACAACUUAGUGAUGAGUCAUCAGAGCCGCGAAGCCCCCAAGCCUUAGCCACGUUCCACUCUUACUCGUCUCUUCAUUUGAGCAGCAAGCAGGCCUCUCCUGCUGAAGGUCACCUCAGCUGGUCACGUGAUGACACCAGUCGUGCCACCCCACCCCUCAGGUGGAGCAUCUUUGCGCUUCCAGUGUCCUUCAGCCACCAGGGAGUGCGCCCAGGAGUCACCUGGACGUCGUGCGUGGAUCAGGCAGAGCGGUGCCGCCGUCCCUGUGAAACCCGAGGGAGCAGGGACAGGGGCCGGCGAGGGCGCGGCUGCCAAACCAGAUCUCACGCCCUCUCGCGCUCCUCAAGAGCAGAGCUGCAAUUCCCGGUGAGCCGCGUGGACCGCUACCUGCGAGAGGGUCGCUAUGCGGAGCGCCUGAGCUCGCACACCCCUGUGUUCCUGGCCGGCGUCCUCGAGUACCUGACGGCCAACAUCCUGGAGCUGGCAGCCACAGAGGCCCGCAGCAGCCGCAAGAUGCGCAUCGCCCCCGAGCACGUGCAGAGGGCCAGGAGCCACAACGAGACCCUCAGCAGCCUCUUCCAGGCCAGCAGCGUCUCCCGGGGGGCUGAGGAGGGGGCCGAGGAGCCCCUGCCCGAGGCCGGGCGGUGA